AAAAAGCCUACUUCGGACUUCCCUCAUAUUGAGGUUGUGCGCAAUAAGGAGGAGAGGAGAAAACUGCUUGGCCACACUUGUAAGGAAUGUGAGAUGUAUUAUGCAGACCUCCCAGAAGAAGAAAGGGCUAAGAAACUGGCCAGCUGCUCCCGGCACCGUUUCCGCUACAUUCCACCAAGUACUCCAGAAAAUUUCUGGGAAGUGGGCUUUCCUUCAACUCAGACCUGUAAAGACAGAGGUUACAUAAAAGAGGAAAUGUCACCCUGUCAAAGACCACGAAGACGACUUCCCUACAAUUCAAUGUUUCCUACCAAAGGCAAAGAGCAGAAGACAUAA